GCGCACACACGCGCGCGCACACACGCACACACGCGCGCGCGCGCACACACACACACACACACACACACACACACACACACACACACACACACACACACACCGGUCAGCUGGAGCCUGGUUGUUUUCGUGCCUCCAGGAUAAUUUUGUACCUGUCAUUUCUGUCAUCACGCGGAUCUGUGCAAAUGUGCCGCGGGUUGGAAGAAUUACACGGUCUAUAAAGACAAAAGAAGAUGUAUCGACAUCUUCAGGAAUAAGCGCUGAGUUGUGGAUGACAGCACCCCUGGGGGCCGCAGCAGCUUGUGACGGAUCGAGUCGAUGCAAGGAGCGGUGGGCACAUAGCGCUCAGCGCGAUGUCAGAGCGGGUAUGCCUCUGUCUGGGGACGGCGUGCUAGUCCCUUGUACACGCGAAUGGUCCUUCUACCUCUUUGACGCUGCUUGCACGCUCGGAAGUCCACAGAGCACGGGGACAUUUAUGGAUGGUGGGGUCGCAGCAUGCACACGCCCCCAGCCACCAUCACAGCCAGAGCGCCGCCUGGAGGAGAGCAGCAGCCGUGCCCCAUGCCUCCCAGUUCGGCGGCCUUGUCCCUGGGCUCUUCGAUCCGUCUGGUCCCUGCGUUUGCUCUGGGAGUGGGGGUGGCUGUAGCUGUGCAACUGCUUUGGGGAGGACUCACUCUCACCUCCUUCUUCCUCAAACUCUUUGUCUACGUAUCCUUCGCACUGCUUUGCUUUUUGGCAGGUAGCUUUGUGUUGUUAACCCGAAAAAGUCCUCUCAAAGUCAGCCGUUUCAACAGACACAUGAGGCAGUCCUGUGUACGCCAGGACUUCUUCAGCAAGCUCAUGGGGUGUUUUGUAAUGCCAGUGCCAGACCCGAGCCAAAGUAGAAGAGUGGUGGUGUCACACAAUGUGGACAAGUCGCUCAAAGAAGUAUUUGACUACGCGUACAGAGACUACAUCGUCUCCUGGUACGUGCCUCUGAGCCAAGAUGAAGGCCAGCUGUACUCCAUGCUGUCUGAGGACUGGUGGCAGAUGAUUGGCCAGCUCCGAAGUAGACUGGCUCAUAUUGACGUGGUCAAUGUGGUCUGCUACGACUCUAUACGAAUACUACACACUCACUUCACAGACCUUAAGGCUGCCUCAGCAAGGCCAGAGGAGUACGCGCGGCCCUUCCCUCUCCAUCCCUGCCUGGUGAGUCCGGAAGCGGAGCUCUCCUUUCUCCGAUGUGUGGCCCGGAUCCUGCUCCUCUGUCUGCUGCCCCAAAAGGACGCCAAAUCUCACACGCUACGUUGCUGCCUCACUGAAGUCAUCACCAACAAAGUGCUGAAGCCUCUAGUGGAGGUGCUGAGUGACCCAGACUCGAUAAACCGCAUGCUCCUGUCUCAGCUCGAGCAAAGGGAACAACAGGCUGAGCAGCAGAAGAAGGCCUACACCUAUGCGGCCUCCUACGAAGACUUCAUCAAACUCAUCUCCACCUCUGCCGAUGUCAACUUCCUCAAACAACUCAGGUAUCAGAUUGUGGUAGAAAUUAUUCAUGCCACCACCAUCAGCAGCCUGCCUCAGCUCAAGAAGCAGAAAGAUCGUAAAGGAAAAGAGUUGGCUGCAAUGAAGGCCGACCUGCUAAGAGCCCGAGAUAUGAAGCGCUACAUAAACCAGCUCACAGUGGCCAAGAAACAGUGUGAGAAACGCAUACGUCUUCUGGGAGGACCAAACUAUGAGAACUGUGCAGAGGGAGGAGGAGAGGAGAGCGACGAGCCACAGAGCCAGAAGAUCCUGCAGUUUGAGGACAUCCUGUAUAACGCAGGGUACAGGGAGCACUUCAGAGUUUAUAUGGAGCGAGUGGAUAAGAGAGCGCUCAUUAGCUUCUGGGAACUCGUUGAGACGCUCAAAACAGCAAACAAGAGUGAAGUGCCACAGAUCGUGGGAGAGAUCUAUCAGAAGUUCUUUGUGGAGAGCAGAGAGAUCCCAGUGGAGAAGGGUCUUUUGAAGGAGAUCCAACAAAGUCUGGUAGGAAACAGGGGAACGCAAGUGUUCAUCAGGAUCCAGGAACAGGUGACAGAGACAAUGAGAGCGAGGUACUACCCCUCGUUCCUGGUGUCAGAACUUUAUGACAAACUGAUUCGACGAGAUGACCAACCCAACCAGAGCCAGAGCAGCAUUGAGGAGAAGGAGGAGGAGUGCCCUGGUCUAGACCCAGGAGAGGAGGUGGGGGAUGAGGGGAGUAAAGGCAUAAACGAACAGGCGAAUUACGCAGCAACUAAACUCCGGCAGCUCUUCGACAAGCUGGAAUACAAGAGACAGGCACUGGGGUCCAUCCAGAAUGCACCCAAACCAGACAAGAAGAUUGUGAGUAAACUUAAGGAGGAGAUUGGGGCCAUGGAGAAGGAGCACAGUGAGCUGCAGCAGCACAUCAGCCGCACAGACUGGUGGUGUGAGAACCUGGGCCACUGGAGAGCCACCAUCACCAACGCAGAGGCAGCAGAGGAGGGUGGAGAGACUGUGGCCUGUUACAGUGUGUGUGUAAGUCUGACUGAAGGAGACGAGACCAACAACAGCAGAUGGACUGUCCAGAGAAAACUGACUGAGUUUCAAAUACUGCACAGAAAACUCACCGAGUGCUUUCCAUCAUUAAAGAAACUCCAGUUGCCAUCUUUAAGCAAACUUCCUUUCAAAUCCAUCGACCAAAAAUUUUUAGAGAAGAGCAAAACUCAGCUCAAUGCCUUUCUACAGCGUCUGUUGACAGAUGAGCGGCUGUGCCAGUCUGAAGCUCUCUAUGCGUUUCUCAGUCCUUCUCCAGAGCAUCUCAAGGUCAUGUCCAUUCAGAAGAAAUCCUCUUUUUCUUUGGCCUCGUUCCUGGAGAGAUUUCCCGGGGACUUCUUCUCCCACACAGAUGAAGAUGGAGAUGGAGACGACAGUGAUUUAUCAGAUUAUGGGGAAGAGCCUGACGGGAGGCGGGAUGCAUUGGCUGAGCCCUGUUUCGCGCUCAUUGGAGAGAUAUUUGAACUCAGAGGAAUGUUUAAGUGGGUGAGAAAAACACUUAUUGCACUAGUUCAGGUGACAUUUGGGCGCACCAUCAACAAACAGAUCCGGGACACUGUAAACUGGAUUUUCUCUGAGCAGAUGUUGGUAUGUUACAUCGGUGUAUUCAAGGACACGUUUUGGCCGAACGGAAAGUUGGCACCGCACGUCAAAGAUCGGACAGAGUCUGAACGCAACGAGACGAAGGAGAGAGCUCAGCAGAAACUACUGGACAAUAUACCAGAUGCUUUAACAAACCUUGUUGGUCAGCAGAAUGCUCGAUAUGGGAUCAUAAAGAUUUUUAACACCCUCCAGGAGGCGAGUGCCAACAAACAUCUACUCUACGUAAUGAUGGAAAUGUUACUAAAGGAGCUGUGUCCAGAGCUCAGUGCAGAGGUGGACAGCAUCUGAACCAGAAUCUGGGACCAGAGUCUGAACUAGAAUAUGGGACUGGAGUAUGGGCCUGGAAUCUGGACCAAAAUUUGAACUGGUAUCUGGACUCAGGAGUCAGAGCAUUUAGGCCUUUCUGUAGCGACCAAUCAAACUGCCACGAUUGACCAGGAUUGAACCCUCCAACAGUGAGAAGAGAGGAAAGCUUUAGUCCAAUUCUGUUAAUGAAUUACAAAACAGGGAAUUACAUUUGUGGUACAGACCUGAACAUUGUCAUCGAAACAUAACCCAGGACACUAUUUUAAAGGUGCACAUCAAGACACACCUCACCUCCUCUCUAUCCAUGGGCUUCAGAAUGUUGAGAAUCUAGGACCUUUGGUAUAGCGGUUAACAUUUUAAAACAAAAUAUUAUUUCUCUUGGAUGGGAAAAAGUCCUCAAAAUGUUGCACGGAAUAGGAAGCUGAAAACCAUGAAUAUACACGAGAUAAUGAACUAAAACCUAGGUGUGAAUACAUGGAAUAACAAUUAUUAAUUGUGCCUUUACUGUGGUUUCCUCUUUCUUACUAGAACAAAUUUCAUUAAAAAGUCACUUCUACCUUAAUCUUGUAGCACUGUAUUAACUCAUCUGUACCACAAAUGGAGGCGCUGUACCUGAUUUUUACUGUCUUAAAAACGUGAAAAACAGAACUAGUUCAUUUUAAACGGUUUGCAGAGGUCCAAAGUUAUUCCUCCCUACCUUAUGCAUUCUGUGCGUCCUAAUUAUUCACAAUGAGUUUUUCACAACUUUCACAGAGCAGAGCGGAAUUUUGAGGUUAUGCUAACAACAACUAACAUGCUAACAAGCACAUCCUGAUUAUUAGACAAUAGAACACAUGCAGACAGUACACAUCAAAAUUCAUCAAAGUCAAGAGCUGCUUAUACAGUAUAUCUGUACUGGGGACAAAUUUAACUAAAAAAAAAUGGUGGAAAAAAUUAAAUUGCCUUUCCAAUACAACUCUGUGUAGUCUGUUUAUAAGAGGUAAUAAUAACUUGACUAAUAUAAAGCUCCCAUAUUCUGCUGAAAAUGCCUUGCCUUUUUGUAGAUGUAUGUAGUAUGUAGUAUGUAGAAUGUAAUUUUCUCCUGAAAAUGUAGAUUUUUUUUUUCUUUUCACUCAAAAGUUAUAUUCUUUAUCAACAAUUGAAAACACAAUGUCUGAGUAUGGCAGUCUUCUACAUUAAUUAAUUCAAAGUGCACUGUGCAACAUUGCUUUGCCUGGAAUGUUCCACAGUUUGUCAUUCAUUGUAAUGAUCUUGCAUUUAUUCAAUUAUGGGUGUUUUGAUAGCUUAAAAAUACCUUGUAAACCAUAAAUUCUUAAUGUCAGCGAAUACACCUUUCCACAGUUCUCACCUGGAACUUGGGUUUUUUGCAUCAAAGACUUCUCUAAAUUAAUAACAUCUUCAUAGAGACAUAGAUAGAAAAUUGAUGUAACAUUCCAGACAAAGCAAUAAUAUUCUUCCACGAGAAAAGUUACACAGUGCAUCUUUACGUUAACAAGGAAUACAAACCAUAAACUCUUUAAAAGCCUGAUAUGGGAGCUUUAUUUCCUUGGUUACCUUUGGGGCUGGCUCCUGUCUGCCUCCUUCAAAAUCUGAGCUGUAUUCUGUAAUUCUCGUUUAAAAGCGUAUCAUUGUGCAAUAUUCUGUCAUGUGAAAGUCAUGUGAUGAUUUAUUUAUGAUUGUUUGAUAGAUUUUAUUUUUACCAAAAAAUGUUUAGAAACGUUUAUAUAAGCAAUAAAUUGU